UCACUUGCUACCCACCACAAGUAAAGCGAUACCAAAACUCAUUUAGAAAUCAUGGAGCUAACAGCCGAUGAGCUCAAGGCAUAUGACGGAUCAGAUCCAUCAAAGCCAAUUUACGUGGCAAUCAAAGGUCGAAUCUUCGAUGUGAGUGCCGGUAAUUCGUUCUAUGGUCCCGGUGGGCCUUACUGUAUGUUCGCCGGAAAAGAUGCAAGCAGAGCACUUGCAAAGAUGAGCAAGAACGAAGAAGAUGUUUCUCCAUCUCUUGAUGGGUUAUCUGAGAAAGAAAUGGGUGUUCUCAAUGAUUGGGAGACCAAAUUCGAAGCUAAGUAUUCAAUUGUUGGAACUGUGAUUUCUUAAUUACUUUUGGAUCUGGGAAUUAUGAAUAAAUA